AUGGAUGAGGGUUGGAAAGUAAAAAGGCCGCCUAAUGGGACGAAGGCGGAAUCCAAGGUGUUUUCUGCACAAGGACACAGGUGGAAACUAGUUCUGUCGAACAGGGGCGGGAGAAUAUAUUUGGCAUUGGAAUAUCAGGGGGGAUCGUACCAUGAUGUUCUGACGACUUUUUGUUUUGACAUUGAUGGAAAAAAACAGGAAUACCAAUAUCAGUUUUCGAUGUUCAAUACAGAUAUUGGGAUUUAUAUUGAGGACAAGGAUAGCUAUGUGAUUAGGGUUGAUGUUGGUGUGAAAAGCGGAUACUACAACUCCAGGAAGGAAACAGGGUAUGUAGGGCUUAGGAAUCUUGGUGCAACUUGCUACGUUAACUCCUUAAUGCAGUCAUUAUUCAACAUAGCAAAGUUCAGAAAUGAUGUUUUUAGUCUGGAGCCUAGUGGAAGAGUAUUGCUGCUUCAGAAGUUAUUCAAGGAAAUGCAAGUGGAGGAGCACGCUGUGGACACAACAGACUUUGUUGUAAACAACAUAUGGGUGGACGAUGUUCAUGUUCAUCAAGACAUCCAUGAGUUCUCGAAGGUUUUUUUUGACUCUCUGGAGAAGGACAGCAAGAGAAAGGACUUUAUAGAAGACUUGAUCCAAGGAGAGCUGGUGACAUACAUAGAUGGAAAGUGUGGGUGUGUUCGGAGGAUAAGAGAGAAGUUUCAAGACAUCCAGGUGGAGAUCAGGGAUUUCUUCAACAAUAAGCUAUCAUCAAAUCUAUCUGAGUCCUUGAAGAGAUAUGUGAAGGCCGAAGUUCUUGAUGGGAAUAACAAGUACAACUGUGAGGAGCAUGGGCUUGUAGAUGCAAAGAAAGGAGUGGUGUUUGGAUCUCUUCCUCCAGUGAUGUUUGUUCUCCUGAAACGGUUCAAUGUUGAUUUUGAGACUGGAAAUGGAUAUAAGAUAAACGACUACUUCGAGUUUCCUUCCUCAAUUGAUAUGAGCCCAUUUAUGGAUAAAGAUGAUGGAAAGGAGAAGGGAGAUGAUGAGAUGUAUGAACUUUACUCUGUUAUUGUGCACAAGGGAGACCAUGAUGAAGGACAUUUCUACGUGUAUCUGAAAAUUGAUGGAAGAUGGCUUAAGUUCAAUGAUACUAUUGUGACGGAGGCUGGAGAGAUGGAAGCUUUAGAACACAACUAUGGGGGGAGACACCCCUACAAGGAUAAGAUAAGAGACCACUCGGGAUACUACCUGGUUUAUAUCAGGAGAAGCAUGAUUGACGAUCUAUUGAGAACAAAGGUUACGAUUCCUGCAAAAACAGAGGAGAUGUUAAACAAAAAGCAGAAUAAGGUUCCGAUUAGGUGUAUAAAAAUAGAUAACAUUAGGAAUUAUAGAGGAGUCGGGUUCUACAAUGUCGGCUCUUAUGAUUAUCCCCUGAGCGGAUACACCGAGUUUAUUAUAAAAGAAGGAGACAGUAUUAAGCUCCUGAGGAAUAACAUCGAAAAGCAUCUUAACACCCGAAGGUUCUUAUAUCUAUUUGAAUGUACCAGGAUGGAGGAUAACAGAAAGAUGGAGGCAUUGGACAGACCAAGUAAGAGGGUUAAGGAGGAUAUACAUGGGCUAACGGAGCCUGAGGUUGGAAGAGACGAAGAGAAUGCCUCCAGGACAAUCGAGUAUGUAAGACUUAGUCAUCAAAAGAAGGUAAGCCUCGUAAGAGACGGAAUUGUCAAUACUGAUGCUGAUUACUUCAUCUAUACAUGCUAUCCAGAAGUAGACUUUGAGAAAGGUAGGCUUAUUUUUCUGAAGGUUUUCAGUAAUAUGCCUUGGUGUGAAGACACAUUACCUACCUCCUUAAGGCUCUGUGCAUGCAUGCAUAUGGAAGGAACAAUUAAGGAUAACAUGGAUGCUAUCAUCGAAAAGAUAGGGCUUGAUGAUAUUGUUGUGUUCAGAGAGUUUGAUCUAUCAUCAGCCCUGGAUUUGUCUGCCAAUGUUUCCAGCCUUCCACAAGGGGAUGUCUUGGUCGGCGUCAGGAAAGAAGAUGUCCUGGAGUUUCUUGAUUUUAUGAGUGAUUUCUACAGAAGAUUGUGUGUGAAUGUUUCCUGUGGCCCACAUAACUUCACCGUAUUUGUAAGAAGAGGGCUGUCGAGGGCUGAACUUGAAGGAAAGAUCCGACGGUUUGUAGGGUCUAGAGAGAUCUUCCUGAAGAGGAGAGAGUCAUGUUCUGAUAGUUCUGAGUUCAAGACUGCAGUAGAAGACUUUGGCCUGUCUGAUAUGGAAUCUGAUGCCCGUGAAAAUCUGCAAGCUAAGAACACUGUGUCUUGCACCAUUAGCCCCGGACAUCAGGUGGUCUAUCUGGCAUUUUGUAACAAAGAAAUGGAUUACAACUCGGUCCCUCAUCUUCAUAUCUUUGUAACUAAGAUCGGAUGUACCUCCUUGGAGUUAAUCAAAAGUGUCCUCGUGUCUCAUUUUAUAUGCCUCAAUCCGGUGCGAGGGCAUUCUCUAAAGACACUGAGGAUAGUGGAUACGGUUAGAGAUACUCUGUAUCUCAAAGGGUUCACCAUGUCCGAGGAAUUCAGUGCCAAUGGGAUGUGUGUUAUCCAGCCUUUUGUAAAAAGAGCCAUUAAGACGGCCUACUAUACCGGGAUGUACAAGAUAAUAGGGUUUCCGUUCUUUUUGCAAACAGAUGCAGAGAGUGUUGCAGAGUUCAGGAAGAAAUACAAACUGUUUGGAAAGAUGGUUAUGUUUGAUGGAAAGGGGUAUGCCGACCUAGAGCUCGACUGGCCGAUGAGCAAGUUCAAUGACGAGUGCUUCCUGUUAAUUGAAAGAACAUAG